AUGUUGGAAAACGCAACUCCUGGGGGCCGUAUGCCAGUCCUACAUAGUACUUCUUCAGUUCACUGGGUGAUGCUGGAUUCCAAAGGGAGACUUAGUGGGACUGCCUUUCACAGAUAUUUUCAAGGCGUCUUCUACGCCCUACCCUCAACACUGCCUCCAGAGGCCUCUAGCAUAGACCGUCCAGACCCGAAUUCCCGCAAGUCAGAUUCCCGUGUAUUUUUCCAUAAGGGCUUCAAGAUUGUCAUGGAUUUUAAGCACCCAGAUGGUGUCACGGUGCCAGUUAUGUUGCCUCGUCGGAGUUUGCUGGUGAUGACAGGAGAACCUAGAUACCUUUGGACCAUGGGACAAGCAGAUAUAGUACAAGCAGAUCACUUUAAUUCUGUAGAGAACAAGUUUUAUGCUUUAGAGCGUAGAGUGGCAGCUCUCCAAGAACUUGUUCGACUCCUGAGACCUGGUGGGAAAGGGAAAGCACUCAUUUAUGUCUGGGCAAUGGAACAAGAACAUACGAAGCAGAAGUCCAAGUAUCAUAGAGGAAACAGAAUUAGCCAAGGAAAGAAAGAGGAGAUCAUCAGUGACACAUCAAUGCAGGGGUUGCUUGUGGAGCACAUGCCUGGCAAUCAAGACUCAGCCUCUUCUGUCCCCUCCAUUAUUGACUUUCAGGAGACAGGAUGUAAUUCAAGGAAGGCUGCUAAUUCUCAGCUGCCUAUUCACAUUAACAGGACUUCUUUUCACUCUCAAGAUGUACUGGUUCCCUGGCACCUUAAAGGAAAUCCUUGUAAAGACAAACCUGUUGAGCCAUUUGGCCCAGCAGGAUGCCAUGACUCAAGUCCUGUGUUUCAUCAUUUCUACCAUGUGUUCUGUGAGGGAGAAUUGGAAGCUGCGUGCCAGGCUUUGA